AUGACUGCUAAAGUGAGUCUAGACAUUGGACCGAUAGCAUUUAAGAAUGGAACUAACGGCAUAAAACGUGAAAAGAUAAAAGACAACAAGCUAAAAUAUCAUAAAUAUGAGUAUAAAAGUUCUGAUGGGUCAUCAUUCAUACUCACAAAACUCCUGUACAACAAUAACCAUUUGGUCAAUCUAAUUUUCGUUCCUGACUUGAUUGUGAAUAAAGUUGUAACGUAUUUUAAUACCAGUAAUAAAGUACUACUUCUCAUUAGUCUUGAGAAUAACGAAAAGUGUUACUACUACGUAAAUAAAAACGCUAAAAAUUCCACAAACGGUCACGGCAGAUUUAGUAGUUUUAUUACACUUGAUAAAGGGUCACUUAGAAAUGAUGAAAUCGAGUAUAUACUGAAUACUCUCACUGAAAAUGCCCAUUUUGAUGCUUCAACCCUGUAUAAAAGUCUGAAAGGUAAAUUGCAGUACCUUACGAAGGAUAUCACGAUUGACCUCACUAGAACAUUUACAGUUGAUAAUAAGAAUAUUGGAAGCUAUGACUCUGGAUAUGGACUGAUACAUUACAAAAGGUUUAUACGCACAGGUUAUACAAUCGUUCAACAUUACGCCAAAUUCGAUUUUAGAGUUAGAAGGAUAAAGUUUGAUGGUGACCAUUUUAUAGAGUCAUAUCUCUUUUUACCUCCUGAAGACGAUUUGAUAGAGAGUAUAGAGGUAUAUUACAACGGUAAUUCAUCAACUAAAUACCCCCUUUCGAUAUGUUUCUUGUAUAAUGGAAUAGUCAAAAAGUGGAUCUUGAGAAACUCUGGAGACAUUAACUGGACAAUUCUUGAUACUAAAUCUGGAAAUCUGGAGGGUGAAUUAAAUACUCUUAAUGUUGUUGGGAUUCUUAGUGCUCGUUCAAUUCCAAAGGUGCUUAUAGAUCUCUCCAGAGAUUCUUCAUAUAAACCCAGGGAUAACACCAUAGACUUUUAUGUUGCCAAGGAAGAGGUUGAAAUUCCCAAUUUAUUCAAGUUAAAACAUUACAGAAUUGAGAGUGAUGAGUCCGGAAAUGCUCCAUUCAAAGUCCACGGUGUCAUGCAUGGAACUAUUCCACUUGUUGGUAUAAAAUCAAAUGACAAGUUGGAGAGUGUUUCUGCCUACUACUACGGAACUAGUAUUGCGGUUGACAAGCUUCUCCUGGUUGAACUGAGAUCACAAAAUGGAGAUACAUUCAGGUACUAUGAGAGAACUGAUAAGAAGGGAGAGUCCAUGUGGUCCACCUCUCCUGAAUCUGGAGGAAGAACUACUCAAGUUAAUGGUAAUGAACUAAAUAUUGAAUUGGAAAGGCUAAAGAAGGAGUACAUUCUCGACUUACCUCGUAUAGAUUCCUCUAAUUCUUCCAGCGGUGCUAUAGCUGGCGCCGUCAUUGGUGGCCUGGCCUGUGUAGUGGCUCUUGGUGUUCUAAUAUGGAAGGUUGGGCCAUCAGUGAGAAUCUACAUGGCCAGUAGAAGACAAACACUCUUGUAG